AUGAAACUACACGCCGACCUCGUUCACUUCAUCAAGAAAGUAGCUCACCCCGAAUUUGAGUUGAUCAAACUGUCUACAAUUACAUUUGCUUUCGAGACACGGCAUCUAUGUUCUGUCUGUCACCAAAUCACCAAGCUGUUCAAGGCUGCUGAAAAAGACCAUCAGUGGAUUCGAUUAGGCAUCCCACAACGUUCAAUGAUGAGCACAUACAACGUGAAAAACUCAGCUAACAUAUUUCGAGACACAUUGGAUUACUACAACGCUAUCAGAAAGGUUCUAAGCCAGCAAUACAAGGAUGAGAAGCUGGACAAGAACUGA